UCCUUGUCUAGGGUCACCCCACAGGUGUCGCCAUUAACGCCAGGCUGUAAUCCACGGAGCAGGACACUCGAUCAUAAAAAGUGAUUGAAGAUGGAGCAGAAGGACGCGACGAACCACCUGGAGAACAUGAGCGUGGCCAUGCACGUGGCACGUGACUGGUUCCUGCAAGCGAUGAGCUUCCUGCUGUACGUGCUGACCCGCUGGCUGGUGGUCACCUUCCAGAAGUUUACCUGGGCCGUGACGGGAGUGGAACGCGUGCGGCGCGACGCCAAGCGAGGGCUGAACUUCAAGCAGAGCGCGCACGUGCUGGACAUCCGCUGGCGCCGGAAGCUGACGUCAUGUGCCGUGGCCGACGUCGGCGACUUCAUUGCCACGCACAGCGGCUUCCGGCACCCCAGCCACGUGCUGCGGCCCGCCGUGUCGUUGUACUGCAUCACGCGACAGGAGGCCAUCUUCGUGGAGGUGGAGGAGGGGACGGACGUGUACUCCGGGGGUCCCUUGUACCUGCGGCAGUUCGCGCUGGCGCAGCGGGUCAUCACCAUGCCGCUGGCCUCGUUCCACAAGACGGCGUCGGACGUUGGGACCCCGCGCGUGCCUUUGACCUGGCUGGGGUGUGCACCGCGUGCCGGAUCCGCGCUGCUGGCCAACGUGCUGGGAAGCUCCAACAACACGCGCGUGCUGCACGAGCCUGACGUGCUGACGUCACUGGGGAGGCUGUACCGCGCGGGGGCGCUGGCGGCGGGGGAGUACUCUCAACUGCUGACCAGCUCCGUGCGGCUGCUGUGCAAGCCGGAUGACCGCUGCGGCACCUUGCUGCUGAAGGCUCGACCCUGCGUCACUCGCAUGAUCGAGGAUGUGUACUCCACCUUCCCACGCGCCAGGUACCUCUUCCUCUACCGCAACAGCCUCAAGUCGCUGCACUCCACUCUGGCGUUGGCCCACGCCGACCCAGCAUCCCGGGCUCUGAAGAUGUUGCUGGACAGCAGCCUGCUUUCUGCCGUGUUUCCUUGCGCUCGCAAGUGGAUGUACGCUGAUGCUGUUGGGGUCAACGAGAAGCCGGGAGCCGCACUGCAUCCUGGGAAGCUGUCAGCAUCAGGGAUCGCCACCGCAGCCUGGGCUGCUAGCGUGGCCCGCUGCGCGGAGCUGCGUGACAAGGGCGUGCCCAUCCGCGCCCUGCUGUACGAGGAUGUCAUGCGGAACCCGCGUGCCGCCUGCCACCUUCUCUUCAAGCUGCUGGAGCUCCGGCCUGAGUACGUGCCGCAGGCCCUGGAGGUGUUCCGCCACGAUUUCAACCGCAGCCCGCCCUUGCCCCAGGCCGACAGCCGGCGAGCGCUGGGGCAGGAGGCCCGACAGGAGGCCGACAUGGUGCUGAAGAAGUACGGCUUGCCACGGUUGGGUGAACGCGUGGAGCUGCCGGGGCUCGUCAAGUUCGACUGACAAACGCACGCGCGUGCAUGCGAUGAGGAUGCAGAG